CAUUUGUGCCCUGGAGAACAGUUCGCCACUUCGCGCUGAGAUGAGAGGGUUUACUCUGAAUAACGUUUGCCAGUGUGGCUUAUUUGCUUAUCUCGUCUUCUUUUCUUUCAUGACUUUUACCGUCGCUGUCAGUUUCGACCUGACUGAGCUAAGGAAUAAAGUUGCUAAAAUCAAAGUGAAUCCAAGAGGGAAUCUUUGGGCUACAGGACAUUUCAUGGGGAAGAAGAGCGUGAUGGAUCCCCCCCUGCUGCCCUCAGUGGAGAGGCAGGGGGUUGAUGCUCUGGAAGUCUCUCUGCCCGCUGAGCAGAGCACCCUCACGGAGCUUGUCCACCAGUUCCUGCGGGUGGCGUUGCAAGAACAGGUGGAUACACAAGAGAGAAGCACGACAAAUCCGGAGGACGUGUUGAUGAAGAUUAUAGAAAGCUACAUCCAAAGCAGAAAGUGAUACAGAGGAUGUCAGGCUCGCAUGAACACGGAUCCGAGGUCACCUGGCCUCAUGGGUUAAAAUAAAUACAUUAGACACAGUUUACUGUCUCUUGCUCAUCAUGAUUGUAAUUACCUGUAACUGUCAUACUGUUCGUGUGCCAUCGGAAAUGCACGUACAUUUAUUUAUUUUGAUGAUGAUA